AUGUUCCGUCCGGCGGCCAGAGAAGUCGUCAAAAUUCCCACUCGGUUUUUCUCGUGCAAAUCGGAACCAACAAGAGCGGCACCAGCAAAGAAAUCGACUCGAAAAGAACUCGCUGGACUGAUUCCAGCUUUUCCAGAAAUCUACCCAGAUUUUCUGCAGUCACCAGUAUGGAAUCGUCGAAAUGCGUUGAAAGAGGAGCUAGAGAGACAGGAUAUGCUGGAAAGGCGAAUGAAUAUUGACAUUCCAGAGUUUUAUGUUGGUUCCAUUGUUGCCGUGACCUCAUCAGACAGAAAUUUGGGUUCUAAAGAACAUCGUUUCGUGGGAAUUUGUAUUCGUAGAGAGAAAGAAGGACUCCUUCAUCAGUUUACGCUAAGAAACACUAUUGAGAAUAUUGGUGUUGAAGUUAUGUACGAUAUGUACAAUCCAACGAUUAAAAAAAUUGAAACUCUGAAACUAGAGAAACGUUUGGAUAGUGAUCUGACGUAUCUGGUGGAUGCGCUUCCAGAAUAUUCCACAUUCGACUUCCAUAUGGAACCUCAGGCUCAUCCAGCUGGGACACCUAUUCCUGUUAACGAGGUAAAAGUAAAACUGAAGAAUCCGCCAUGGACUCGUCGUUGGGAAAUCCUGAGCUAUCGUGGAAUCGAAGACACAUGGACACAAGCGACGCCGUGGUUUAAGAGAAAGCUGCAUAAGACACUGGUCAACGAUUACGAAAAGUACGAUCUGAUUGCCAACUACAGAACUGGGUCAACCAAGGAGCAAGAGGUUUUUGUGCAGGAGCAAAUGCAAAAGUUCGAGAAGGAAAGACACGCCGCCGGUUUGACGCGUCGUCGAAUUCUGAAGAGUGCUGCAUCACACAAAUAG